GGCACCAUGAGGACCUCUCUGGAGGGCAGCUGCCCAGAGCCAGCCCAGAGGAAGCUCUGCAGGAGUCCCUUCCUCAGCAUCAAGUUCUUUGUCUGCUGCCACGGGGUCCUGCAGCUGUGCCAGCUGCUGGUCUCAGCCUACCUGAAGAGCUCCAUCUCCACCAUCGAGCGGCGCUACGGGCUCUCCAGCCAGACCUCGGGGCUCCUGGCCUCCUUCAACGAGGUGGGCAACACCCUGCUGAUCGUCUUCGUCAGCUACCUGGGCAGCCGCCUGCACCGGCCCCGCGCCAUUGGCGCCGGAGCCCUCCUGGUCUCCCUGGCCGGCUUCCUGAUGGCUCUGCCACACUUCCUGGCUGGGCCCUACCAGUAUGACCGCUCCAGCCCCAGCUCCUUCAGCAACGCCACCGACCUGUGCCAGCCGGAGGUGCCAGGGGCCUGGGGCAACCUGAGCGGCGCCGCCUGUGCCCCCCAGGCUGCCCGGCAGAACCGGGAGGUGCUGCUGGUGAUGUUCCUGGCACAGGCGCUGCUGGGCCUCGGGGGGGUGCCCAUCCAGCCCUUCGGCAUCUCCUACAUCGACGACUUCGCCAGCCGCAGGAACUCUCCCCUCUACCUGGGGAUCCUGUUCUCGGUGACCGUGCUGGGCCCGGGGGUCGCCUUCCUGCUGGGCUCGGCCACGCUGCGCCUCUACGUGGACCUGGACAAGGUCCCCGCAGGCCAGGUGCGGCUGAGCAGCCAGGACCCUCGCUGGGUCGGUGCCUGGUGGCUGGGCUUCCUGGUGGCUGCCAGCCUGGUGGCCCUGGCGGCGCUGCCCUACUUCUUCUUCCCCAGGGAGAUGCCCAGAGAGGAGCUGUGUGGGAAGGAGGAGGAGGAGGAGAGGAAGAGAGAGGAAGAUGUCCUGAGCCAGCUCCGGAUGGGAGCUGAGCACCUGCAGGGCCUCUCCCUGGCCCAGUUCCUCAAACGCUUCCCCCGGGUGCUGCUGCGGACCCUCCGUGCCCCUCUCUUCCUGCUGGUGGUGCUGGCACAGGUCAGCCUCAGUGCCAUGGUGGCAGGGCUGGCAACCUUCAUGGGCAAGUUCCUGGAGAGGCAGUUCUCAGUCACUGCCUCCCUGGCAAACGUGGUCAUAGGUGCUGUGAACAUCCCCGGGGCCAUGGUUGGCAUCGUGCUGGGCGGUGCCAUCCUGCGCCGCUUCCGCCUGUCCCUGAGGCAGUGCAGUGCCCUCUGUGUCCUGGGCACCUUCCUCUGCCUGCUGCUGGCCUUCCCCCUCCUCUUCCUCGGCUGCCCCACCCAGGAGGUCGCCGGAGUCACCGACAGCCGCAGGCCUGGGGCCAGGGCAGUGCCCGCGGGGUGCAGCCUGCCCUGUGGGUGCCAGGAGGAAGCCUUCAACCCCAUCUGUGGCUCCAACCAGGUGGAGUUCCUCUCCCCCUGCUCUGCCGGCUGCAAGGUGGCACACAUCGACCUGGGCACCAACCUGGUGCUGAACUACACCAACUGCAGCUGCAUCUCUGAGGGAGGCCUCCAGGGCACUGCCAGGCCUGGCACCUGUGGCACUGGCUGCUCCCACCUCUUCCUGCCCUUCGUGGUGCUGUCCUGCCUGGCAGGGAUCCUUGCCAGCACCUCCCACACUCCCUCCUUCAUGCUGAUCCUCAGGAGCAUCCAGCCCCAGGACAAAUCCUUUGCUGUUGGGAUCCAGUUCAUGCUGCUCAGAGUCUUAGCGUGGAUGCCAGCCCCGGUGCUGUACGGCAGUGCCAUCGACUCCUGCUGCCUGCUGUGGCAGCGGCGCUGUGCCCGCAGGGCAGCCUGCAGGUACUACGACAACGACCUCUUCAGGCACAGGUACCUGGGGCUGCAGUUCCUCUUCGAGCUGGGCACCUUCCUGUGCUUCCUGGCUGCCCACCUGCUGCUCCGCCGGCGGGAGGAAGCCCCCCGGGACCCCCGGCCCGGGGCGGGGAACGCAGAGAAGGAGAAGCUGGCAGAGAGCUCCGGGGGGGGCACGGAGCCCAAAGUGUGA